CCGUGGCCGGUGAGGGCGUCCCCGCUGCCCGUGCCCCCCGCGAGGGCGCAGGUGGAGGCUCCGCGUCCCACCGCGGGCUCCGGCCCCUGGCGCGCCCCAGCUCCGCCUCCCUUCCCCUCCUGGCAGCCGGCUCGAGCCUGCCGGGUGGCGGUUGUGCAGUUGUUUCUGCAAGGGGGUUCCGGGUGGCAGCAGCCGCAGCCGUGUCUCCGGAGACCCCCACCAGCGAGCCCCGGGACGGGGCUGUGAGCUCCUGUACUAUGGAGGCCAGCAGGCAGACGCGCGUGUCCCGGCCAUACAAGAUCAGCGAAUCCUCAAAGGUUUACCGCUGGGCGGAGCACUCCACCACGGUGCUGCAGAGGCUCAACGAGCAGCGGCUCCGUGGGCUCUUCUGCGAUGUGGUCCUGGUGGCAGACGAGCAGCGCGUGCCUGCCCACCGCAACCUGCUGGCUGUGUGCAGCGACUACUUCAACUCCAUGUUCACCAUCGGCAUGCGGGAGGCCUUCCAGAAGGAGGUGGAGCUGGUUGGCGCCUCCUACAUUGGCCUCAAGGCUGUGGUGGACUUCCUGUAUGGCGGGGAGCUGGCACUGGAUGGCGGCAACAUCGACUACAUCCUGGAGACGGCGCACCUGCUGCAGAUCUGGACGGCGGUGGACUUCUGCUGUGACUACCUGGAGCAGGAGGUGAGCGAGGACAACUACCUGUACCUGCAGGAGCUGGCCUCCAUCUACAGCCUCAAGCGGCUGGACGCCUUCAUCGACGGCUUCAUCCUGAGCCACUUCGGCACGCUCUCCUUCACGCCCGACUUCCUGCAGAACGUCUCCCUGCAGAAGCUGUGCAAGUACCUGGGUAGCAGCCAGGUGCAGCGCGAGUGUGAGCACGACCUGCUGCAGGCGGCGCUGCAGUGGCUCACGCAGCAGCCUGAGCGCGAGGCCCAUGCCUACCAGGUGCUGGAGAACAUCCGCUUCCCACUCAUCCCCAAGAAUGACCUGCUGCACCGCGUCAAGCCGGCCGUGUGCGCGCUGCUGCCCAGGGAGACGGACUGCGAGGCCUUCAUCGAGGAGGCGGUGCGCUACCACAACAGCCUGGCCGCCCAGCCCGUGCUGCAGAGCAAGCGCACGGCUCUGCGCACCCACGAGGAGCGGCUGCUGUUCGUGGGCGGUGAGGUCUCUGAGCGGUGUCUGGAGCUCAGCGACGACACCUGCUACCUGGACGCCUGCAGCCAACAGUGGGUCAAGGAGACGCCGCUGCCGGCCCGCCGGAGCCACCACUGCGUCGCCGUGCUGGGCGGCUUCAUCUUCAUCGCGGGCGGCAGCUUCUCCAGGGACAACGGAGGGGAUGCGGCCUCCAACCUUCUUUAUAGGUAUGACCCCCGCUGUAAACAGUGGAUCAAGGUGGCCUCCAUGAACCAGCGGCGUGUGGAUUUCUACCUGGCCUCCAUCGAAGACAAGCUGGUGGCCGUGGGCGGCCGGAAUGAGAAUGGCGCACUCUCAUCGGUGGAGAUGUACAGCCCCAGGACUGACUCCUGGUCCUACGUGGCCGGCUUGCCAAGGUUCACCUACGGCCACGCAGGCACCGUCUACAAACACUGCGUGUACAUCUCCGGAGGCCACGACUACCAGAUCGGGCCUUACCGCAAGAACCUGCUGUGCUACGACCACCGCACGGACGUGUGGGAGGAGCGGCGGCCCAUGAUCACGGCUCGCGGCUGGCACAGCAUGUGCAGCUUGGGCGACAGCAUCUACUCCAUCGGGGGCAGCGACGACAACAUCGAGUCCAUGGAGCGCUUCGAUGUGCUAGCCGUGGAGGCCUACAGCCCGCAGUGCAACCAGUGGACACGCGUGGCCCCGCUGCUGCACGCCAACAGCGAGUCGGGCGUGGCCGUGUGGCAGGGCCGCAUCUAUGUGCUGGGUGGCUACAGCUGGGAGAACACAGCCUUCUCCAAGACGGUGCAGGUGUACGACCGUGAGGCCAACAAAUGGAGCAAGGGCACCGACCUGCCCAAGGCCAUCGCUGGUGUGUCAGCCUGCGUGUGUGCCCUGAAGCCGCAGCUGGAGGACAAGAAGAAGGGCAAGGGCAAGCGGCACCAGGAGCGUGGCCAGUGAGGGGCUGUCUGGGCCAGCUGCAACUCCUCAGAACCCUGAAAACAUUAUGUACUACUCAGCAGCUUUUUUUUUUUUUUUUACUUUAAUGAUUUUGGAUAUCAUAGUAACCGAUUAAAUGUUAUAUAUAAUUUGA